AUGAGCUCUGAUGCAGAGAUGGCCAUUUUUGGAGAAGCAGCUCCCUACCUGUGGAAAUCAGAGAAGGAGAGAAUCGAGGCUCAAAAUCGCCCAUUUGAUUCUAAGAAAGCUUGCUUUGCAGUGGAUGAUAAGGAAUUUUAUGUGAAAGGUAUGAUCCAGAGCAAGGAAAAUGACAAAGUCACAGUCGGGACCCUCGACAACCGGACACUCACUCCGAACAGUGACCAAGUCUUCCCCAUGAACCCUCCCAAAUUUGACAAGAUCGAGGACAUGGCCAUGAUGACCCACCUACACGAGCCAGGAGUGCUGUACAACCUCAAAGAGCGUUACGCAGCCUGGAUGAUCUACACCUACUCAGGCCUCUUCUGUGUCACCGUCAACACCUACCAGUGGCUGCUGGUGUACAACCCUGAGGUGGUGAUGGCCUACAGAGGGAAAAAGCACCAGGAGGCCCCGCCGCACAUCUUCUCCAUCUCUGACAAUGCCUAUCAGUUCAUGUUGACUGAUCGAGACAACCAGUCCGUCCUCAUCGCCGGAGAAUCCGGGGCUGGGAAGACAGUGAACACCAAGCGUGUGACCCAGUACUUUGCAGCAACUGCAGUCACUGGGGAGAAGAGGAAGGUGCAGCGGCAGGGCAAGAUGCAGGGAACCCUGGAAGACCAGAUCAUCCAGGCCAACCCCCUCCUGGAGGCCUUUGGAAAUGCCAAGACCGUGAGGAAUGACAACUCUUUGAGAUUCGGGACGUUCAUUCGCAUUCACUUUGGAGCCACAGGAAAGCUGGUGUCAGCGGACAUUGAAACCUAUCUCUUAGAAAAAUCCAGGGUGGCAUUUCAGUUAUCCCGUGAGAGAGGCUAUCAUAUUUUUUACCAAAUCAUGUCAAACAAGAAGCCGGAACUUAUGGACCUGCUUCUCAUUUCAACCAACCCCUUUGACUUCCCCUUUGUGAGCCAAGGAGAGGGCACCGUGGCCAGUAUUGAUGACAGUGAGGAAUUGUUGGCCACUGAUGUAAGUGGCCAAGGGCCGGCCGGGGCUGGAGACAUGCAGGAAGCAGAGCUGGGCCAGCUGGCCAGAGUGGGAUACCUCGCGUGGGGCACUUGGCUACUUGGGAAAACCGCGCUGGAGCGAGCUUUACAUCAGCAGAUGUUUUGUAAAAUUGAACGGGGUAGGCUCGGGCCUGUCCUCAAAGCCUCUACUCAAAGGCGAGCCCUUCCUGCGGCCGCCAGGUUAGGGGGCUCCGCGACUGUGCUGAACAGCUCUGGUGUGAGUCGUGGUUCCCUCCUCCACCCACCCCCACGAGCCCCCGUCCCCUUACCUGCGGCCCGCGGUCCUCCGCUCCGCGCUCGGAUGCCGCUGGGGUGCCAGGGACCCACGGGAGGGGUCGUUCCCGGCCACCGCGCGCUGGCUCCCUGGACCCACGCCGGCUCGCCAGGGGCCGACGGCGAGGACCCCCAGGACGCCCCGCGCCAGGUGCGCUCUGGCCAGAACGCCCACUUCCGGGAAAGGCGCGCGGACAGCCGGCGCGCUCAGGUGAGCCGCAGCCAAUGCCGAGCGAGACCCGCCCCGCCAGCGCCGCGUCCACGUGGCCCAGCACGGUGUCGGCACUCCGGGCACGGGCGCCUGGGGCUGGGCGUCCCCUCUCCUGCGAGCGCGAGGCAGGAAGCGGCGCCCCUGCGAGGCCGCUAG